CAUUAACAGCACAGGCAAAAUUGAACUUGGCCCACCAAAUGCUGGGAUCUUAUUCCCUCCGUGGAAGCUUGAAAGUUUGAGUUUCUUGCAAAAAGCUACAUCAAAACCACAUCUAGGCUGGAACAGCGGCUUGAUAGCGACCAUUCCUUCCAUUUUCUAUAAAAUCUUCGAUGGAACGUUGAAAUUCCAAAAAUUUGAACCAUUACAGUGGCCGCUCACUAUAUUUUCAUUAAAGGGAUCUAAUUUACGAAAUUAUAUUAAUAGAUGCGAUGAAAAAGUAUUUUCGCCACAGAUUGGCUGGUGGUUGUGGUAUUCCAAAGGUUACCUUGACGGUAUGUUGGAAAAUUGGUUACAUCUUCAAGAAAAAGCCUUAAAACUCCGAGAUGUUGACGAAAACUUUUGGAGCAUGGCUGUUUCCCAGGUUCCUUACGUUAGUUUCAUAGAGUCUCGCUGGGAUGGAUGGAUAUCAGCUUUGUUUCCAUAUAAUUCCUCAAAAUGUAAAUUAACGGAUAAUUCUAUUUUUCCUACCCAUAUACCUUCUGGAUUGUUGAAUGUUCCAUUUGAAUUGGAUAUGGGGAAGCGUUUCAGAUUGAGCAUCGUUGCGGGUUUUUUUGGUGCUAGACAGGAAAAGAUUGACGAAGUACAUGUUGUUUCACCUGUAAUUUGCUGGUAUGUUGUUUGA